AUGAUCCGGACGAUUUCUAUCCGCUGGCUGCAGCAGCGUAUUGGGGACAACCGGCCCUCCGCCUGGCUGGUGGGCAGCUCAAGGAGCUUCUUCGCCCGCAGCCUGAGCACCACCAAUCAGGUCAAGGCCGAAACGGAGGAGUCCCUGGCCAAAGUGGUGGAGCCCUCGCAGGCGGAGCUGUUGCGCGAAUUUGCCCGCAUGCCGGUGGAGCGCAUCCGGAACUUUAGCAUCAUUGCGCAUGUGGAUCACGGCAAGAGCACAUUGGCUGACCGGCUGCUAGAGCUCACGGGAGCCAUUGCACGGAAUGCCGGGCAGCAUCAGGUGCUGGACAGCCUGCAAGUGGAGCGGGAGCGCGGGAUCACGGUCAAGGCCCAGACCGCAUCGAUCUUCCACCGUCACAGGGGACAGCUUUAUCUGCUCAACCUUAUUGACACUCCUGGUCACGUCGAUUUCUCCAAUGAAGUUUCCCGAUCUCUGGCUGCCUGCGAUGGUGUGGUACUCCUGGUGGACGCAUGUCACGGUGUUCAGGCUCAAACCGUGGCCAACUAUCACCUAGCCAAGCAACGGCAGCUGGCAGUGGUCCCCGUGCUCAACAAGAUAGACAUCAAGCACGCAAACCCUGAUCAAGUCUGCCAGGAUCUAAAGCUGUUGUUCGGCAUAGAUCCUGAUCAGGUGCUGCGCGUGUCCGCCAAGCUGGGCACCGGCGUAUCUGAAGUCUUAGAAAGGGUAAUAGAAACAGUGCCGCCCCCACAAGUUCAACGGGACAGCGACUUCCGGGCCCUAAUCUUUGACAGCUGGUUCGACAAGUAUCGCGGAGCCCUUAAUCUAAUUUAUGUGCUGAAUGGCAAGCUAGAGCAGAACCAGGACAUUCAGUCGCUGGCCACCAAGAAGGUGUAUCCCGUAAAAAGCAUCUCUGUGUUGCGACCAGCCGAGUGUCCUGUUCCGGAUCUAUCCGCUGGUCAAGUGGGUUUGAUUGCUUGCAAUAUGCGAAACAGCAAGGAGUCCAUUGUGGGCGACACCAUCCACCUGAAGAAUCAAUCAGUCCCCGCCGCAGGUAGCUAUCGUCCGCAACAGCCGCUUGUUUUUGCGGGAGUUUUUCCCGCCGAUCAGUCAAAACAUGUCGCCUUGCGCAGUGCCAUCGAUAAAAUGGUACUCAAUGACUCAGCGGUCACUGUAAAAGUAGAUUCCAGCCCGGCUUUGGGACAAGGCUGGCGUUUGGGCUUUCUAGGACUUCUGCACAUGGAGGUCUUCUGCCAGCGUCUGGAGCAGGAGCAUGGUGCCGAGCCCAUAAUCACAGCGCCCUCCGUCACAUAUCGUUUGGUAUUGAGUAAUCCAAAGAUGAUCAGGCAACAGGGUCGCGAUACCAUGGAUAUUUCCAACGCAGCCCUCUUCCCGGAACCGUAUUCCAUCAAGGAGUACUAUGAACCCCUGGUUUUGGGCACCAUCAUCACGCCCACGGAGUAUGUUGGACAGGUGAUCAGCCUGUGUGUGGAGCGACGGGGAUUGCAGCAGAGUUCGGUGAACAUCGACGAGACCCGUGUGCUAAUGAAGUACGUCUUGCCGUUAAGCGAGAUCAUCCUGGACUUCCACGACCGUCUCAAGUCAUUGAGCUCUGGCUACGCUAGUUUCAGCUACGAAGACCACGGCUAUCAUCCUUCGCACUUGGUUCGUUUGGACAUCCAUCUGAACGGCAAGCCCGUGGAGGAGCUGUGCCGCAUUGUCCAUGUGUCUAAGGCAACGGGCGUGGCUCGGCAGAUGGUUCUGAAGUUGCGGGAGCUUAUUCCGAAACAGAUGAUACAGAUCGCUAUCCAGGCAUGCGUGGGCAGCAAAGUGCUCGCGCGCGAGACCAUCAAGGCGUAUCGCAAGGAUGUGACAGCCAAGCUCUACGGAGGGGAUGUCACCCGGCGGAUGAAGCUGCUCAAGCAGCAGGCCGAGGGCAAGAAGAAGAUGCGCAUGUUCGCCAACAUCCGCGUGCCGCACGAGACCUUCAUCAAUGUGCUCAAGCGGUAG